AUGCACGCUACAUAUUUAUUGACAAUUAUUGGGGCGGUGGGGUUGACUGUGAGUGGAUCGCCUCUCGAGGCCAGGCAAGAGCUUUCCGACGAUGAGACGAAGGCAUUGGGUGUAAUCAAAGAUAAGAAUCUUGGAGAUUUUUGUAAUAGCUUAUUAAGCAACAACGUCUCAAAAAGAGAUCUAGAUAUCGCUGCGCAACUCUUCGCUCGCCAAAACGUGAACACCAACAUUAACAAUAACGACAACGAAGGUGAUGGUGACGGCGAUGAUAUCAGCUAUAGCUCAUCUUAUAGCAACGGGCAUGAAGAUGUCGAUUAUAAGAUCAAUACGGUCACUAUUCCAGAUGACUUGAAGGGAUACUAUCCAGAUGCUAUUGAGAAAGCUUGUAAGGAUUACAAGGAUAAGGCAAAGAGAGAGGUUAAAGCUGCUAUAACAAGAAAAGCCACCCGUGUAAUACAAAAGCGCAUCAUAACCACUGCCGUAACCACCACCGAAAGAAUAACGACAGCGCCGACGGAAACCUACCUUUCAAACCCAAUGUUUGUCCCACCACGACGUUUGACACCGGUUAAUGUCCAGAUUACAGCAUUAACGACUUAUGAUUACGGUGACAUUGCUACGCCGACACUAGUUGUGCCUGCUAGGGAGACAGGGAAGUUUAGGACGAAGAGUAAGGGGAAUUUGAUUCAUAACAUCCCCCGGGAUUUCUUUGGGAAAGGGGGCGCUGUGGGGGCGGUGGGAAAGGCCGGAGUGGUUUAG